GGAGAGCGGCUCGGCUUCCAUUGGAAGCCCUCAUUUAAAAUGUCACCCUCCUUCUUUCUUGGGUUUUUAUCGUCCUUAAUCCUGGUUAUCCGGGGCGACCCCUGUCCGUGUGAGAGAGAAGAGUUAUGCCAACAGAUACGCGACGAGCGAGAUUUCGAGGUGUUUGUGUUCGACGUGGGCGGGAAGACAUGGAAGUCGUACAACUGGAGCGUGGUGACGACAGUGGCCACAUUUGGGAAAUACGACGCGGAGCUUAUGUGUCAUGCUCAUUCUAAAGGAGCACGGGUAGUACUCAAAGGUGACAUUCGCCUCGCUUACAUUGUGGACCAAAACAACAGGACAGGUUGGAUAACGGAGAAGGUCAACUUGGCCAAAAGUCAGUUCAUGGAUGGGAUCAAUAUUGACAUUGAACAAGCAGUAGAAGAAGGCUCGUCCGAGUACUUUGCUCUAGCAGACCUGGUCAAAGAAACUACUGAGGCUUUCCACAAGGAGAUCCCUGGUUCUCAGGUGUCAUUUGAUGUUGCCUGGUCGCCCGAACGUAUCGACAAGCGCUGCUACGACUACAUCGCCAUCGCUGAGUCCUGCGAUUUGCUCUUUGUGAUGUCCUAUGAUGAGCAGAGUCAGAUACCGGGAGACUGUAUCGCCAUGGCCAAUGCCCCCAUCACUCAAACUCUUAACGCCUAUGAUCAAUAUUUGAAUUUGAAGAUAGCUCCACAGAAGUUAGUGAUGGGUGUGCCGUGGUAUGGCUAUGACUACCCUUGUCUCAACUUCACACAGAAUAACAUCUGUUCUAUCGCCAAAGUGCCAUUCCGUGGCGCUCCGUGUAGCGAUGCUGCUGGAAAACAGAAAGCGUACAGCUGGAUCAUGAAACAGGUCAGCAGCUCAUUGUCAGGCCGCCUGUGGGACGGCGUGCAGCAGGCGCCUUACUUCAAUUACAAGGACCCGGAAGGACAGAUUCACCAGGUCUGGUAUGACGACCCAGAGAGUAUUUGCCUCAAGACGGACUUUGUGAAAGCAAAAGGUUUGAGAGGAGUGGGCAUGUGGAACGGCAACAUCUUGGACUACAGCGACGAUCCGGUUGCUAGGCAGCAGAGCGCAAUGAUGUGGAAUGCUCUAUUUGGAUGCUAGCUGGCCUAAAGUUUACGGCCUCUUGACAUUUACGGCUGCAUUGUUGUUGCUAAGUCAACGAGUCCCUUUGUGACGAUAACAUUGUUCCAGUUCACAGAGGCAUACAUCCGCUUCAGACUUUGUUGCUUUAAUGAUGCCGCUACCUUUCAAUGCAGUUUCGUCUCCGACAUUCCACGGGGCUGUAGAAGUCCACUGUUAUUCACUUUUUGUAUUGUGCUUUGUAUUAACGACCGCUAUUGAGCAUUUAAAAAAAAAAAACACAUUAUAACAGCAUGCAAGUUCACAUGGGGGAAAAAAGAUGACCAGUGAGAUGACAAGUUAGUCAACCUCUCAAGUCAAAAACACUAUUUUCCUUAUUUUCCACAUAUGAAACAAUAAAACUGGAAAUGGUCAAGGAAGAAAAUGUUAACCUUUUAGUAGACAAGACACAGAACAAGCACUUUGAGAAUGAUGAGAUACAAUUUUGUAAAAACUUGUUCAAAUAAAAAAAGGACAGUUUAAAUACAACCUGAUGGGUGCUACUAUAAGAACUACCGGUAUGUGCCUAUUUCUCCUUAAGUGAGGUGUACACACGCACGAACAGGUAUAGUUAUUUGCCACAUGCAACUGCUACCCCCCCCAAACCACACGUUGUCUCAUAGCAAAAUCAUAACACAAUAUCAGAGAGAGAGGAACAUGGUCUGUUUCCUUAUUAUGAGGUUAUAAUUACAUAGAAUACUUUUUUUAUAGGUAAAAAGGCAUAUUUUUCUAACAGAGAUAAUCCAAACCAAACUGUCACCAUAAUAAAAAAUGUCACCAUUUUUAACUAUCAUAGAAGGAUAAAACAACAAAACACAAUCUUAACUGAAGCAAAUAACAGGUGUAAUGAUUGCAAUGCCAAUACGCCUCAUUUAAAAAAAAUUUUUUUACGUAUAAACAAACAAUAAACACUCACGCUUUGUUGCUCUGCAAUAACAGUCCGUGUGGGAAAAUACUCAUCUAAAAAUUCCGCGGUACUGCGAAUAAUCUGUGAUAUAAUUACGCUAAAAAAGGAAAGAAUCCGCGAUGCACUGAACCCGCAAAAAUUGAACUCUAUAAUAUUGUUUUUUUUUUUUUAAACAUACAGUAAUGACAUGAUUAAAUGGAUGUAAAGAAUUAAACAGUUUGUGGAUCGUGA